CAAAAAUGCGCUUGCUGGUCUUGGUCUAGUUUCGGCCUCAAGUGCCGCUCCCAGGAGGGACUGGGUGAUGCGGAACUAAAGAAGACCGUUCGCAGCUGCAUGCGUCGCCAGGACGAAAACGAAGAUCGAGGACGAGGCUCGGGCAGACAAAGCCAGAGUUUCGACUAUGGACGGGACCAGGAUGAAGAUCGGGACAGGGAAAGGGAGCAAGGAAGCAGAGGCGGCUAUGGCAACCGAUGGCAGCGAAGCCUGCGGCAGUCGGAGAACAGGAACAGCACAAGUGGCGAAGGAGGCGGAGCAGGAGCUUGUGUGGCCCAGUGCUUCUUUGAGGAGAUGAAUAUGGUGGAUGGCAAUGGAAUGCCCGAACGGCGCAAGGUAUCCUAUCUACUGACCAAGGACUUGCGCGACCGGGAGCUGCGAAAUUUCUUCAUGGACACGGUGCAGCAGUGCUUCCGCUACUUGGAGACCGGCGGACGAGGAAGGCAGAACAAGUGCGUCGUGUCUCAGGAGCUGGUCAAGUGCAUGUCGGAGUACGCCAAGGCCCAGUGCGAGGAUUGGGAGGAGCAUGGCAAUCUCCUUUUCAAUUAGUUAGACCCAAAAACUCACCCCACUU